AGUGGUAAAUUCGCAAUGCUUACAUAUGUUUGUGUUACGGUUCAGUGUGUUUGUGUGUUGAGUGUUUGUAAUUUAGGCUCAUUCACUUUAAACAUAAAUCGCAACAUCAAUUGGGUUGCUUUGACAAUUGCCACUCUUUGCUAUAACCGUGAUCGCUCUUUCAAACAUCAAACUACUUACUCUUCACCGAAUUUGCAAUUUCCAACAAUGAAAUUAGACUCAAAAUGAAGAAAAAUCGCAAAACUAUUUGUUAACAACCGAGUAUACACAAAUGAAAUGGGUAAAUUGCGUUGAAAUUCGCUGCAAGGCAUUGACAUUUCAAGCGGUGCAGUCAACAAUGUCAUUGAAUGCAUCCAUUUUUUUAACGUGCGUGACUGCCACUGGCACUGGUAUGUGCGCGUAGCUGUGUAUGAGUGUGUUUGUGGAAAAUGCUUCUAAUAGAACUUGUGUGUGUGUGUGUGUUUGUAUUAUUGUCCAACCCCGCUAUUAUAUAGAGUCAAAGUAACAUGGCCGCGCAUUGUUAGGCUUAUUUUUUUUGCUCAAAUUUUCAUUUAUUUUUCUUUUUUGUUUGCACAAUUUAUAAUUUUACAUUUCGUUUGCAACAAAAAUUGUUCAUUUAAUGAAAAUCUUCUGAUAAAUACUGAUCGUGGUGAAUAAGCGGCGCGUGAAAUCAGUUGAUGUGCAUUCGACUGAGCAAAAUUUACCAUCUCCGUGUUUCAAUGACUGAAUACAUCGAAUCAAACUAGAAUCGGUUCGUGCAUAGACAAGAACAAAAAAGAAAAUUGUUGUGUGCAGUGUUUUGCGGUAGAUCUUUGGGGCGUUCAUUUUCAUCAUUAUUGUUUUAUUUUUGGUUGGCUAAAUGGCCCUGAAUACGCCAAAACGCAUCAAAUUGUUUAAUACAUUUGUGCAAAGCCCGGGCAGCGAUGUCGAAUGGCCGGAUUCGUUCGACGAUGAGGCAAGUGUAAACAAAAGUGCAUCGGGUUUGACAAAUCGCAGCGACACGGCAAACAGUAGCAAUGGUAUUACAAAUGGGAAUGGCUCAUUGAGCCCGGCCAGUUCAUGUGAUUCGCCGGAAUUUUCAUUGCGUAAUAACAGCAACACCAGCAGCAAUAUCAGCACAAAUAGUCACAAUACACCAAACAAUUUGGCCGACACACGAGAGAAUCGACGCGGUCGACCGCGUUCCGAAGCACUGACCACCCUCAUGAUCGAAGGAUCCACAUCACCAUCGUCAAUUAAGUGCAGCUAUUGUAAUCGGGUAUUUCCACGUGAAAAAUCGCUUCAGGCUCAUCUGCGAACGCACACAGGCGAACGUCCCUACCAUUGUGAUUAUCCUGGUUGUACACGAGCAUUCACACAGAGCGGCCAGCUGAAGACGCAUCAGCGCCUACACACGGGUGAACGGCCGUUUAUGUGUUCAGCACCAAAGUGUCAAAUGCGCUUCACACACGCCAAUCGCCAUUGUCCCGAGCAUCCGUACGAUCAACUAAAACGCUGUGAUGGUUAUGUUAUUCAAGCCGUGACUGAACAAAAUUACGAGGUUAUCAAAUGGCUGGAAAAGUACCGAAUGGAAAAAGAGGAUCGUACACCGACCCGUAAAACGCCAAAGCGAACGAAAACAUCACAUUCCGGCGAUGACACAACAUCGAUGCGCACAUCGUCACGUUCCAAUGAAAAAUCCAAUGAGAAUUUCAACCAUGCCACCGGCGGUAGUGAUGAAAACCAGUUUCCAGUCACACCAAAUAAUCCGUACAAAAGUCGCAAAGGUUUAAUGGUUGAAUUGGACAUGAAUGCUGGUCUCGGUGCAAGUCCAAUAACCGGUACAAAAAUGAAGCCAACACCAAAGGUAAUUCGCUGGCACGAACCGUUAAGUCAGGAAGAAGAUUCGGCCGAUGAAUUUGAAAAUGCCGCACAGUCAGCGUUCAAUCCGAAAAAGCGUUGGUUACGCGAAGCGUGGCAAAAUGAUUUGGCGCGACCGUUAGAACCGAUAACAAAUGGUCGAAACACCAUCACAUCGGAUGCGUACAACAACAAAUUCAACGAUAAACAUUCAACACCAUACCAUAUGCUAUCGCCAGCGAAACAACCGUUCAGCGUAUCGCAUCAGCAUCAGGAUCAACAGCAUCGAAUCAACAACGAUAAAAACCAAAUGAAUCCAAACCAACUGCGUCCCACAGUUUUGAUGGUAGCAAGCAAAGAUCGUGCGAUGCCACUCGUUAAUCACACAAAUACCGUUAAUUUAUCGGCACCGACCAAAAAUGCCGACACAUCUCGAUUACAUACAACAACCGCACAACAGCCUACCUCGACAAAUUCGUCUAUCAAUUCACAUGUUGUCGCAACACCACCACCACAACCGUUGUCAUCGAUUUCGUCUUCGAACCCAGUGAGCAGCAAUGAUUGCUUUGAUCUUCAGCACAAUCGAAACGGAAUCAAUGGCAUCGACAUUCACUUGGAUCCAAAGCAUGCAUCCACACCGAUUGCAUCAUCGUCCGACCCAUGCCAAGCUGCCCAUGCCGCCAACAGUAGCAGCAAUAGCAGCAGCAGCAACGACGGUACAAAUCGCAAAUGGUUGGGCGCACUCGCACUCAUGGAAUUAGCCACCGAAGAAACAAACCAAGUGUCAUCAACAUUGCCUCUAGUUUAUGAAAACUCAACCACGAACUGAACCAGUUACAUAUACAUAUAUAUUUUACAUUCUUUUCUCACAAAAAAUCGAUUUACUUCUUUUUAUUUGGAAAUUUUCAUUUUCAAUUGAAUUUAUUUUUCUGAUCCCAGGAAACAUACACACAAAAUUUAUCUAUUUUUCUACUUUUUUCUCUCAGAAUUAUUUUUAAGUUUACGAAUCACAUCGUGACGCUAAAUUUCAAUUUAUCAUAAUAUUAUUAUUUUUUUUUAUAAGAUUUCUCUAUUUCUACAUCUUGAAGUAUAUUUUUUUUCUCUUUCGUUUUCAAAACUACAUAAAAAAACAACAAAUUCCAUAUUUUCCAGUUCAUCUCUAUCCCUCUCUGGCUAAGUUAAAUAAUAUAGACUUUUAUUUUCAUAACAAUUCUGAAUAACACGGAAUAAGUGAUCAUUUAAUUUAUAUAAUUUUGUAAGAAAGUUUUUUUUUUUUUAAAUGUUGGCCCAUAAGAGAAAUCAAGAGAAAAUCAAUCUACAAAAUACAGUUAGUAUUACAUCCAAAUAGAUUUUGGAGAUAAUAUUUUUUUGAUGAAAA